AGCUUUGACGCUCGCCAAGCCCCCCGUCAUAUUCGAGGACAUGGGACCGUGAAAGUAUGGCGGAUGCCGAGGAGUCGGAGAAGAAAAGAAGGCGAAUAGAAGACCUGACAGACAAGUUAGUGACGAAUGCUAAUGAAAGAAUGGCUGUAGAUGGUGGUGCCUGCGACUGGGACGGCCGGUGGAAUCACGUUAGGAAGUUCCUGGAGAGACCCGGUCCGUUCACACAUCCUGAUUUUGAGCCAAGCACAGAGUCUCUACAGUUUCUAUUGGAGACAUGCAAGAUUUUGGUGAUCGGUGCCGGUGGGCUUGGCUGCGAACUGCUGAAAGAUUUGGCCCUAUCUGGGUUCCGUCUCAUUCAUGUGGUUGACAUGGACACGAUUGACUUGUCCAACCUCAAUCGGCAGUUUCUUUUCAGGCCUAAAGAUGUCGGCCGACCAAAAGCAGAAGUGGCCGCUGACUUCAUUAACAGUCGCAUCCCUGGGUGUAAAGUUGUACCACACUUCAAAAAAAUCCAGGACUUUGACGACUCCUUCUACAGGCAGUUCCACAUCAUCGUGUGUGGGCUGGACUCCAUCAUCGCCAGGCGAUGGAUGAACGGCAUGCUGAUAUCCCUCCUGAGCUAUGAAGAUGGAAUACUGGAUCCCAGCUCCAUCAUCCCCCUCAUUGACGGAGGCACGGAAGGCUUCAAAGGAAACGCUCGUGUCAUUUUACCCGGCAUGACGGCUUGCAUCGAAUGCACUCUUGAGCUCUACCCACCCCAGGUUCACUUCCCCAUGUGCACCAUCGCGUCCAUGCCGAGGCUCCCCGAGCAUUGCAUUGAAUACCCCAGAAUGUUUCAGUGGCCCAAAGAAAAGCCGUUUGGAGAAACAAGUUUGGAUGGCGAUAACCCCGAGCACAUCCAGUGGAUAUUUGAGCGGGCGCUAGAGCGAGCCGCUCAGUUCAACAUCACCGGAGUCACGUACAGACUCACUCAAGGAGUUGUAAAGCGGAUCAUUCCUGCCGUGGCGUCGACGAAUGCCGUUAUCGCUGCCGCCUGUGCAAGUGAAGUUUUCAAAAUUGCCACCAGUGCUUAUAUUCCUUUAAGUAAUUACCUGGUCUUUAACGACGUGGACGGACUCUACACUUACAGUUUUGAAGCUGAGCGAAAGGACAACUGUUCAGCUUGCAGCCAGGUGCCACAAGACCUCCAGUUCCCGCCUUCUGCAAAACUACAGGAGGUCUUGGAGUACCUGACAGAGAAUGCUUCCCUACAAAUGAAAUCUCCAGCUAUCACUACAACUCUGGAAGGCAAAAAUAAGACUCUGUACCUGCAGUCUGUUAAAUCAAUUGAAGAACGAACAAGGCCAAACCUCUGCAAAACCUUGAAAGAGCUGGGCUUGUCGGACGGACAGGAAUUAGCCGUGGCGGACGUCACCACACCUCAGACGGUCCUCUUCAAACUCAAUUUCACUGCCUGAAAACCGCUUGGAACACAAAGCACUGACCUUUGGCUUUUUCAAUCACAAUGUUACUGUAGCGCAUCUGAUUAUAAGUGUAAAUAGGAAAAGUCAAUUCUCAUUAGUCAGAUAACAUUAAUAAUAUUGUUUACUUGUGCGUGGGUGCCCAUUGUAGAGUUCCUCCUGUCUAUCUAAUGAGAAUGACCAUGUAUUGUAAUGCAGAUUUAUUUCUGACUCAAUUGAUAAUCUGUGGUUUAGGUUUCAUUCAAUUUAUUCAAAUUGCAUCAGGUCAGCUUCAUAUUUUACCUUCUAAAAUUAUGUAGAAUUGAUGCUGAAAAUCAUUUAAAAAAAAAAAGAGUACUUUUGACGCAUGCUUCCCUCAAUAGUUUACAAUUUGUACACUCCAUAGCAACUAUAAUUUAAAAUUCCAAUACCACACCACUGUAUUGUCAGAGAUAUCGACUUAAAUUAAACAUGAAAUAAUGGAAACAA